UGACGUAGAAAACACUAUUGCUGUAGAGAAACUAUUUUGAAAUACUUUGCUUUCCGUAGAAAGCGCUAAUUGUUCCCAGAAACUAUUUACUUUAAUUUGUAGCCCUUCACCUCCGACACUUCGUCUCCACCGUGGACAUAUCCCACCUGUCAGCAUCAUAUAUAAGGGCCGUCCUGCCCACUCGCUCCUCAUUAUAGCUAUGACUGAGAAAAGAUCUCGCAGCUCCUCCCGGGAGCCUCCACAGAGACAGAGAGACUCCUCCACUCAGGGAUCCAAGAGGGAGAGAAGAGGGAGCCCGGGCUCAGGAAGGUCCAAGAGAGGGAGGUCCAAGGAGCCAGACAAGAACGACACGAAGGUUUCUACCGUGGUGGAUGUGGAUGAUGUGGUGGUUUCAGACGAGGAGACAGAAAUCAUGGCACUGCUGGAGAGCGGACAGAAGGAUGAUGGUGUGAAACCCGCUGGCCUCAGGAUAUGCGAGAUGCUCCUCGUGUUCUGCUGUCUUCUGCUCGUCAUCGUCACGUUCCCUCUGUCCAUCUGGCUCUGUGUCAAGAUUGUACGUGAAUAUGAACGCGUGGUUAUUUUCCGCCUGGGCCGCCUGCUUCCAGGAAGAGCUAGGGGACCAGGUCUGUUCUUUUACCUUCCCUGUUUGGACAAGUGCCACAAACUUGACUUUCGCCUAAAGACCUUUGAGGUUCCAUUUCACCAGAUUGUGACCAAGGACCUGGUGACGUUGGAGGUUGAUGCAGUCUGUUAUUACCGCCUGGAAAACGCAUCUCUUUUCCUGACCAGUGUGAGCAGCGUGUCCAGCGCUCUCCAGUUACUCAUCCAAACUACCAUGAAGCGUCUCCUGGCACACAAAGCUUUCUUAGAUGUCUUGUUGGAGAGAAAAAGUAUUGGAGAAGAAGUGAAGGUGGCACUGGAUGCAGUGACCUGCCACUGGGGGAUCAAAAUAGAGAGAACUGAAAUUAAGAAUGUAAAAGUUCCCGAUGAAGUUAAACAGUCUAUGGCCAUAGAGGAAGAAGCCAAAGUACAUGCUAAGGUCAAGGUAAUUGCAGCAGAAAAUGAAAAAUCUGUGUCUGAGGCACUUAGACUGGCGGCUGAAAGCUUAUCUGGGUCUCCUACUGCAAUUCAGCUGCGGUAUCUUCACGCAUUGCAGUGCAUGACGUCUGAGAGACCGGCUACCUUCUUCUUACCUCUGCCUUUUGACCUAAUGAACGGAAAUUCAACCCCUAAAGUGUCAGAUAGCAGUGUAACCUCCAAUGCACCCAAGUCAGAAGCUGAAGCGGAACAAGGCAAAAAGAAGGACUCUCCGAUGCUUUGAAUAUGACAUCACACUGAAGAAUACAGUCAGAAUGCAACUGAAGAACAUGGAAAUAGCGGCAGACGUUGCAUUCCCAUCUUUUCUGAAUGGCGGAUUUGUAAUAUUUAUUAUGAUCUGUUAAUUUAGAAAUACUUGCUUGGCAAACUGACCUCCACUAAUAAAAUCAGAGGUGAGGGAGAGGAGCAACUAAUUUUUUAAGGUUUAAAUUUAUAAUAUGUUUUAUGGAAACCCAAACUUAAGCUUGUGAGUAACUGGCAGAACCCAACUGUCUAUUAAAACCUAUUC